GAGAGAGGGGAGGGAGAGAGAGAGAGAGUUAUAUAUCAAGAACAAGAACAAAACAAGGAGAGAAGGAAGGAUGGGAAGAGCGCCAUGCUGUGAUAAGGCGAGCGUGAAGAAAGGGCCUUGGUCUCCUGAGGAAGACGCCAAGCUCAAGGCCUAUCUCCAGGAGCACGGCACCGGAGGCAACUGGAUCGCUUUGCCACCCAAGAUUGGGCUAAAGAGAUGUGGGAAGAGCUGCAGGCUCAGAUGGCUCAACUAUCUGAGACCUAAUCUAAAACAUGGCGGCUUCACCGAGGAAGAAGAUAACAUCAUCUGCAACCUCUAUGUUACUAUUGGCAGCCGGUGGUCUAUAAUUGCUGCUCAACUGCCGGGAAGAACGGAUAACGACAUCAAGAACUACUGGAACACGAGGCUGAAGAAAAAGCUUCUGAACAAACAGCGCAAGGAGUUGCAAGAAGCUCGGCUGAAGCAGGAGAUGGCGAUAGCGAUGGCCAUGAACAGACAGAACCAAACCGAUCAGAACAAUCUCAACAUGUUUGGGGAAACCUUCAUGAAACAAGAACAAACCCUGUAUUGGCCACAGAUGGAAUUACCGAUGACAACCUACAACAGCUGCUAUGGCCAAACGCCAUCUUCAUCGUCUGAUCAGGAGCAAAAGCAUACCACCACGGUCACGGAAAUGAUCAUGAUCGAAGAAACAAACCCUCAAGAAAACAUCUCUGGCCAAAACCCCUUGGAUUUCUCAUUCGGCCAAGAUCUUUACAGUAACUUCGGAGGAGUUUUCUCGGCCAUGAACAGCAGCACAAACUCUCCAUUGCCGAGCAGCCAAUGCAACGGGAUACCGGGAAGGAGCGACCAUAACCGAGAAGAACUCCUCCAAUGGUUUGGGAAUUUCCAGGCAGAUCAAGCGAUGAACUACUUGUUAAGCAGCGUUCAGAAUCGUGAAUUCUACGAGAACUCAGCCAUGGGGACAACAAGUAAUUCGGCUGAUCAAAGUACAAUCAGCUGGGAAGAUAUAACCUCCCUUGUUUGUCCGGAGACUGAUCAAAGCAAUGGGAUCAUAUACAAGGACUAGCUAGCAAUGUUAUAUGUUUCUGUAUUCUUGGUUUCAGAUAUGGAAGACGGUCCGUACGUUUUGUAUAAAUUCGUAAAUCUCUAGAACAAGCAUGCAUAUGGAUUGAGGAUAUUCAUGCAGAGAUUUGUUUAUUUUACUUUCAGCUCUUUAAUAUAUAAAUUGUUUCGAGUUUAAUUACUUCGUGCAUGC